AUGGAAAGUGUUCAAUUGGAACAUGAAAACGUGACUGAAUUUGUCCUAGUUACUCUUCGGGACAGAGUGGAAGAAGGGAGGAGAUUCUCGAACGAGGAAAAGGACCCAAUGACUUCGAAAGAAUUGAACGAGGAGCCGUAUGAGGUGAAAAUCUCAUAUUCAACAAAGACAGAAACAAAUCCACUAUCUGUUUUACGUCAAGCAAUACGUGGAGUAACUCCCGAUAUAGCAGUAAAAGCAAGACGUGUAGGCGGAUCGACUCAUCAAGUUCCCAUUGAAAUAGGAUCCACACAAGGAAAAGCACUUGCCAUUCGUUGGUUAUUAGGGGCAUCCCGAAAACGUCCGGGUCGAAAUAUGGCUUUCAAAUUAAGUUCCGAAUUAGUGGAUGCUGCCAAAGGGAGUGGCGAUGCCAUACGCAAAAAGGAAGAGACUCAUAGAAUGGCAGAGGCAAAUAGAGCUUUUGCACAUUUUCGUUAA